AUGAAAAGAUCGGGUGACAGUGAGAGGGAGAAGAGAAGAAAGAGGCGUAGGCUACUGCAGGAGUUGGGAGACCAGAAGAUUCCCUUUCUGGGACCUUCAGACCGAGGUUUUCAACACCUGUGGGAUUCCAGCUACUCUGGCCUGUUGUUGAGGAGAUCCUGCUCGCUGCCUGCCGAGCUGCACGGCCGGGUGCAGGCUGCUCUGCUCACCCUCAGGAGGAAGGGAUGCCUCCUGAAGGAUCUUGUCCGCGUCCGCGAGCGGGACGUGUUCACGGCCGUGUCCCGGGCACUGCUGGGCGAGCCGGGCCACACCUAUCGCUACCUGGACACGCGGCUCUUUGCCAUUCCCUGGCACAGCGAGGACGCUGAGCUGAAAGAAGGGGACAGGCUAACACAGUGUGCCAAGGCAGAGGCAGAGGCCAAGGCCGGUGAAGAGGGGGACACAGAGUCCAAACACAGUGAAGACUCCAAGAACAGUGAAGGAGGGGACUCAGAGUCUAGACAGAGUGAAGAAGGGGACACCGAGUCGAAGCACAGCGAGGAGUGGGACAUUGAAUCCAAGCACAGUGACGAGGGCUGCUCAAAGCAGGAAGGGGAGUGGGAGACUGAGCUCAGACACAGCAGCGAGGAAGGAGAGUCCUCCCAAGUCAAACAGAGCGUGAGCAGUGCUGCAGCAGCCUCCGGGCACAGCGAGGGCAAAUGCCCCGGCUGGCAAAUGGAGGCCGUCAGCAGCAAAGGGACAGAGCCUGUGGGACUGGAGGCCCAGGAGAAGCCUGUGGCUCAGCUAAAGCACAGCCUGUCAGAUUACCACAUUCAAGACAAGGAGGAGCACACAAGUGGGCAGGGAUGUUCCCAGCCCAGUCCCCCACAGGUCUGCACCGGCCCCGUCAAGUUCAACGUCACCUUACUUAACUACAUGGACCCAGCGCAAAUGAGCCAGCUCAAAGAGGAGCCGUACUACGGGAUGGGGAAAAUGGCAGUGGGGUGGCACCAUGAUGAGAACCUGAUCACUCAUUCCCCCGUGGCUGUUUACAGCUACAGUUGUCACGAUGACAAAGGUGAGAGCAGUGAAGGAGGCAGUGGAGAGAAAGCCUGCUGGAGGAUCGGGCUCAAGGUGGCCUGGGACAUCCACACACCUGGCCUGACGCUGCCGCUGGAAUCCGGAGACUGCUAUUACAUGAGAGAUGACCUGAACAGCACCCACCAGCAUUGUGUCCUCACUGGAGACAGUGCACGAUUCAGCUCCACGCACAGAGUUGCUGAGUGUUCCAGUGGGACCCUGACCUACAUCCAGUCCCGGUGCCAAGAGGCCCUAUCCAACCUGCAUACUGACCCUGAGACAGGCUCCCACAGCCUGCUUACCCUUCAGCCGACAACGCUACAAAACUGUGAGGAGAUUCACAACGAGGUGGAAUUCGAAUGGCUGCGGCAGUACUGGUUUCAGGGCCAGCGAUAUGCCCGCUUCUGCAGCUGGUGGACCAGGCCCAUGGAGCAGCUGGAGAAGGACUGGAAGCUAAUGGAAACCAUGACAAUGCUCUUCCUGGCUACAGUGGAGGAGGAAGGCCAAGAAGGAGAGGGAAGGAGAGAGCUGGCAGAAACCCUCCUAUCGGCUCUGACAGACAGACACCAGCAAAGACAGACAUGGAGAGACAGGUGCCACUCGAGUCUGGCCCAGACGUUACCCCCCGAGGAGGCCCCAGUGGACCGCCCCUUCUGGGGUGUGGAUGACCCCAGCAUGCCUCUGCCCUUUGAUCUGGCUGACAUCAUCAACAGAGUGGAGUCAUUGCUCUGGAGGAUGUGA